AUUCUCGUAUACACACACUUUAACCGUUAAUACUACCUGAAAAAACAAAGGUUUUCUAAUGUGUCAGAAAAUCCAAUGCAAUUUGGUCACAGGGUAUCUUUAAUAUCGGCAUUAACCCGAACAUCGCCUCUAAUGUGCCGUAUGCCCAUGCGGAAGCCUUCGAAACCAACAAAAAAAGACGAUAAGAAAAAAACACAACAAACAGUAGGAAUCACUCGUUACGUACCUUAUAUACCGCCGGCACUCGUUACCGAUACGGUGGGAGCGCUCAAGGAUCGUGAGUCUCUAGCAGAAAUACUCGACUUAAUAUGCAGCCCUAUAGGACCAACUGAUACAUUAGAUGAUAGAAAGCUCUAUCAAAGGGUAACAGAAGCUUAUAGAACGUAUAAGCACAUGGUUAACAAACGACUUGUUGAACGAGAACUUAAAAUACGUGAUAACGUGCUAGAGGCAAUACAUAAUUUGCCGGAACAUCUAUACGACGAAGCAGUUAAAUCUGAGGAUGAACCCAUGCCAGAGUCGCUAACAUUUCAUCAAGCAUAUAGAACGCAGUUAAUAGACACUGAAUUAACGGAAUUCGAAAUCGCAAAACUGGAUGCAUACAGAUUGGUUAUGUAUCUUAGGUUCCCGUAUUUGGACAUCAAAGCGCGUCAGCCUGGAUUAUUUUGGCUUGAAGAAAAGAAAGCAAUAUCAAGGCAAAAGCAAGCUUCUAUGGCAGCUAGAAAGAAAAAAUAACCUAUAUCUGUUGUUGUGCUAACUUGUCCAAAAAAAAUAUUUAUCGACG